AUGGUUUUCCUUGCAGAGAGCUGGUUCUGGAGAGGCACACAAUCUGCUAUAUUCUAUUAUGCAUCUUGCACACCAUGGGCUGAGUACAAACACAAAAAGAAAAGGCGGCGAGAGGCAGAGAAAGCACGGAAAGAUAGAGACGACAACAUUGUCUAUACACAGCCUGGAGUAGUUAGACAGCCGGCGCCUUUUCAGACGAACGAGGAGUGGGCGCAAGAGAUUGUGAGAGGUCCUGGUCCACCCAAAGGCUGGAAGCGUGAUCCGCUCUAUUACAAGUAUGUUCGUCAGCUGAAGGAUGACAUUAACAGAGACGCUACGACAACGCGACCUCGUAACGAAACUGUUAGCUCGACAGCCUCUCCUGUCAAAAGCGACUGGACGGCCUCAACUGAUGCUUCAACCACAGUCGUCUCGCUCCAAAGGCCACCUGAUAUUUACAUCGCUAAAGACACUACACAUGGACUUCUGCAGCCGUACACAACAACUUUGGGAUAUGGGGGAGCGGACGGCAGUCUCGACACGUUUUCCGAGUUCUUCUCCACAGCAGUCGAUAGCAGGCCGAGUGUCUCACCUGAUGCAUCCCGCGACUUGUUUGUUCCUCCAUCUCGAGGUACUGACACUACAGGCGUCAGGAGAGCUUCCUUUGAAUCAGAACUUUCGGAGGAGCGCGAGAUCAAAGCACCUAGACCGUCGAUGGAAAGACGACUCUCAAGCGCUGUAGAUGGGCUAAAAGGCGCGAUGCGAUCGGCUUUGCAUUCAGAUCGGUGGAACUGGAUACGAUAUGAAAGGGAUGACGAGAUUCUAUCUGGACUAAACGAGAAAGUGAAAGAGAUGUGGGGCAGUAUGAGGGAACGUGUUGUAUCGUAUGGCGAAGACGCACAGCUCAAGCUUAGACAGGCUGACACACAAGACUCAGCCGAGAUGGAGGCCAAAAGAUGGCAACGAGGCAAGCAUCCAGCCAUCAAUGAGAUGCAUCCACCAGUCGUGUCCCAGUUGCCCUUCUCACGAGAUGAGGCCAGGUGGAUGUUACUGCCUCCGGCAUCUGCAAAUGUGAUGAUGGGAAGAGUACGGCCUGAUCCUGUCAAGGACAUCCAGAGGGAACCAUUGUGUAUUAUUGGGAGGUCACCUCCCGUGGCUCAACGCAUGCCUAGCAUUGGAUCACAGUCCGCCAGUUCGGAAGAGGAGCAGGACCCAGCUUCAGAUUCAGAUGACCACGAGUGGAUGCACGGCUGGACUCACAUCCAAAGACCACAGCUGCCACACCUUUGGAGACAGAGAGCAUCAUACAUGCUUUAG